AUGUUCUCGACGAAACUUGCCUUCAUCCCUCUUCUCCUCGCUUCUUACGUCUCAGCCCACGGAUUCGUCCACCAAGUCACCAUUGGUGGCACCACCGACACCGGUAACCGACCCUUUGGCGAAGGCCGUGAACGCAGUGCUAUCCGACAAAUCAGCACGGCCAACCCUGUCCUCGGCGCCUUCAACCCUGCCGUGAACUGCGGUCCUGAUGCUCGACGAGCCUCAGAAGUCCUCCAAGCCAACCCCGGAGAUACACUUACCUUUGACUGGAGGGGUGCUGAUUUGACUUCCUGGCCUCAUAACACUGGUCCCAUGAUCACCUACCUUGCAAGCUGUGGCGAUGUUUCCUGUGCCGAGUUUGAUGCUGGCCAGGCCCGCUGGUUCAAGAUUCACCAAGUUGGCCGCAAGCCCGGCCGGAUUGACUGGUUCCAGGGUGACCUCAUGUCCGGCGGCAAAGCCACCGCAGUGUUGCCCAGAAACCUUGCCCCCGGAAACUACCUCGUCCGCCACGAGAUUAUCGCUCUCCACCUUGCCCCUACGCGCGGUCUGGCCGAAUUCUACCCCUCUUGCACCCAGAUUCGUGUAGGCGGCAACGGCACUGGUCGGCCCAGGGAAGAUGAGCUCGUUUCCUUCCCUGGUGGCUACACCGAGGAUCACCCCGGCAUCCACGUCCCCAACGUCUUCAGCACCCAGGACUACACCUUCCCCGGCCCCGCCAUCGCCGCCUUUGUCUCGGAAGAAGGCCCUGCCCCCGGUUCUGGCGGUAACGGUGGUGGAAACGGCAACAACAAUGGAGGAAACAACAAUAAUGGCGGUAAUGGCAACAACAACAACGGCAACAACAACCCUGCUCCUUCAGGCUCCUCUUCCACUCGCGGCGGUGCCUCUCCUCAGCCCACCUCUUCAAGCCCCUCUGGCUCGCCCGUCCGCUCCUCGAAGAAGGUUUGCAAGUUGAAGAAGUCCAAGAGGUCGACCACUAGCGACUCUGCUCUCUACCCCCGCCACUUCUCGCGCGUCAUGCGCCGCUUCAUCGAGACUGGCAGCUUCGAGCGUCGCCACUAA